AUGACCGACGGACAUACUUCUUACCAACCGACAUGUACUGAUGGAACAAGUCCCAACGUACCGGCGGCUGGGAAACUAAUACCUGUGGGAGACAAGGCCAAGACCUGCUUACAAGAAGUGGCAAGGCCCCCCACCCCACCGGUGGUAAGGAAAUUCCGCAGCAGCAUCCAACCAGAGCCAGGAGCUAUCAGAGUGCACCAAGGGAAGGCAAAUGAUCAAGAUGUUGCCAGCACUCUUGUUCAUGGCAUCAGCACCAAAUCUUCCCACAAUGCGGGACACUUGCUAAAUCCUCCCCAGAAGACCUUGUUCCAACAGAAGUUACAGGAGCUCAGUGAGACCGUGUACACCAGGAAUCAAAAAGCACCGUUGGGCAGGUCCCAUGAUCAGCACGCUGGACUUCCCACCUGGUAUAACGACCAAACUACAUUUGGUGUUAAACCAAUUCGAGGCUUGAAUGUGCGUGACAUUAUUAACCCUUCAAAAACAGCAGAGGAGGUGGAGAGGGAAGCCCAGGAGGGACACAAGGCUUACAUUCGCAGCCACAACGCCUAUUAUGUUGGUGAGCGGAUUGACAGGAAGUACAACUGCAGUCACUACAGUAAAGAUGGCAGGUUUGGGAUCAUCACACCUCAUUUCAGUGAUGGCCGUAAUGUUGGCAAAACUCUCCACUGGCUGGGGGAAACACAGAAGUUUUACAAUCCAAAGACGGUUUGGAAGAGAUCUGGGAACAGGGAGAAGAUGGCCCUACAACUUGGAAUGAUGAACAGCGUGAAAGGAAACACCUUGAUUCCACCAGACCACACCGCUGGAACUUUCUUGCCACCGGGUGAAUUUGGUAAAUUUUGUGUGCCACGUGUCAAGGCUGAGUCGCAAAUGUCCAGCAUGGCUCCAGCUGACAUAGAGAAGAAACCAUCGUCAGAAUCAGCACAGCUUCCUGCCUCUCAGGCCUCGGUUAAACCUGAGGACCCGGAGCCUGUUGAGCCAGGCAGCUCAUUGAAGACCCUCAGGACCUUGAGGCGAGUCCCAGACCACUUCAUGACGUCCUCCUCCCUCAUUGGGGCUGCCAGUGAAGGUCCAUCUACAUCAUGCGCCCACACCUGCGGCAUCCCAUCGGUGCGCACUGACCUUCCAGCUCCACGCAUAAGGAGAGUCCAUGACAAGACAAAUUACGGUGAUAUAUCCACGGUUAGAGAUCUUCUAUAUCCAUCAGUUCAUGCCCUUCUGGGUGUCUAUGACGAACACCUCCUCUGCCCUCGCAGCAAGAAUGAGAUUGCAGAGAUCUUCAGGAAUGUGGGUGUGAGUAUUUCUGAGGCGACGUUCGAGGAGGCCUGGACUCUGGCGUCCAUGAAGCAUCCAGCAGGGGAAGUUUGUGUCGAGGAUUUCAGAAACGUACUCAAGGAAAUAAAAGCAAUGUAGCGCUCAAGACGUUCUUCCCGGCACAGUGUUUCCUUAUCACAGUCUGUUUCUGUGUGAACAAUAUCUCCGCUGUCUGGUGAAAGCUUUGAGGAUGUUUAAGUUUGAUUGGAGUGAAUUUUUGACAUAAUGAAGAAAGGAUUUUAUUUCAA